AUGGCGAAUAUCAAAAAGGUCGCGAUUCUAGGUGCCACGGGCUCCCUCGGAGAGGUACUGGUUCCCUCACUUGUUGCUGCAGAUUUCGACGUUACUUGCGUUCUACGCAAGGAUAGCAAGUCCCAGCCGCCGGACGGAGUGCGAGUUGUGAAAGCAGAUUACACCGACACUGCAUUGCUCAUUGAAGCUUUGCGAGGCCAAGAUGCAGUCGUAGAAGCGUUCAACCCUGCAGCAUCCAUCCAUCAAACAGCCAUCCUCCAGGCUGUCCUCGCCGCCGGAGUGAGACACAUCAUCACGCCAGACUUCAGCGGGAACACUUUCCACCCCAACGCCAAGGACGUUCUUAUUUUCAACCCCAAGCUGGAAGCACAGCGAGAGCUUGAGAGGGUGGUUGCCGAGUCACAGGGCAGAUUGUCAUGGACUGCGAUUGUUACCGGCCCAUGGUAUGACUGGACGAUCAAGAAGGGGAUAUUUUGGGUUGAUCGGGAGAGAAAGAUGGUUACGAGGUACGGUUCCGGGGACCAGGAAUACAGCAUGAGUCGCCAUGCCCUCAAUGGCGAGGCUCUGGUCGCUGUGCUCAAUGACCCUGGAAGAUACCGAAAUCGCCCGGCGUAUUUCGCCAGUCAUACUGUCUCGACGAACCAGAUUAUUGGAAUCAUCAAGGACUUGGGCCUCGAAGGAUGGAAAGUCGUUGAUGUAGACUUCGAUGGCCUCUUUGAGAAGGCUCACCGGAUGUGGCAAGAGGACACGGACCAUGGGGUCCAGGAUAGGUUGAAGUCAAAGGCUUACGCGGCGCUGUCUACUGUGGCGCUGUUGGAUGAGGCAAACCGGUAUGGGUCCAACUUUGCGGAUUUGGUAGAAGAUGGUUAUGAUGAAGGGGAUGCGAAGUUGAGAGAGAACUUGGCCAAUUUACUUUGA